AUGUCGAACGAGGAAACUGAAGCCUUAGAGAUUGUCGAAAAUCUUGCGACGGAACAAGAGAAUACUGAUCUUGCGUUUGAGAAUCCGAUUGCGCAAAAUUUAAUCGUAGUGGCCGAGGAAUUGCGCGAUGAUAGUGAUAUUGCGGUUUCUCCCUCUGUUCCAUCGCACGAUGAUAUUACUGUCGUUGCUGAGAGUACGGUGGUUGAAAUUGAAGACGAUUCUGAGGACUCAGACAGAGAACAUGAAGAAAGCGACAGUGAAGAGGCAGAGGAAGAUGAUGAAGUCAUUGUACCACUGGCUUCUGCCAAGGCCAGUGAAUACUGUUUCCUAUGUCGAUCUCGAUUUUUCCCCUUCUAUUUCAUAAAUGAACCAAAUUCUCCACGAUACCAAGAUUGGCUUUCUGAAAAUCCAGAGGAGAAAUGGCAAUCGGAAAUCCGUGCAGUUUUGCGCUUACCUGUGCCUCACGGCGAGGACCCCGUCAUGACAGACGCCGUCGUGCUCGACACUCUCGCAGUCAACGUAUCUUUGGUUGGCCGGCCGAAAUCUGGCAAAGUUGUUCUAAAUUCACGUCCAGACCUAGAUUUUCAUAUAGACACUGUUGCGUAUUGUUUCCACGACUGGUGUUAUUCGAUUUUUGAUUGUAAAUCGAACCAAAACAGUGCAGAGGUUCUGUAUGAAAUGGCCACAAAUUUCAAGGUUUCGACAGCUUGGGAAAAUCCCGCAGAAUCGAAUGGCUCGCUUUACCCAGAGUUUGACUGCGACAUUUUACUUUCGACCCUCGAGGAUGCUUCCGCGAGAUUCCAGCCGUUCUUCCUUUCCAAACUUCCUCUCGAAAUACGAUCUCGAAUCUGGAGUUAUGUAGGAUUUAGGUCAGCUUAUUCCGCAUUUAUGUUAGUGACCGGAGAGACGAGUCGUUUGGCACAGCAGGUUUCACGACCAAAUAUACGAGAGCUUAUUGUUAAACCAAACUGUUAUAUUGGGGUAAGCUCUAUUAAUAUUUACGGUACAACAUACAUCCGAGAUUUUGGAAGACAUGUGACGUCUGGCACUAGAAUCAAGAUCUCGAAAACAGUAACCGAAAUCGAAGUUGUUUCUAGCGUGCACGGCAUUUGCUCCAUCAGAUUCUCAGGCUGCGAUUGGGCGUCUAGAUGGCUUGGAAGAAGCCCUAAAAAGGGUCGUAUUUGGUAUGGGACAAUCCAGCUCACCAGUAAUGUCCUGAUCGGCUUUCACAAUGGCCUAUGUAUAGAAAAUUUGACAGAUGCAUAUAAAUCAGACAGGAUACAGGUAAUGUGGGAUCAGCCACAUCACCCUCCGGUGACAUUUGAUGCUGAUGCCGCAAUGUUCUCGCUAUUUGAGCCUGAGCAAUUAUAUCAACAGCGGCUGCCAGAUUUGGCAUUUUUUAGAUUUGUUUCAUUGAUUGACCAUGGAGAAUAUAUCUCCGGUCUUACAAUCCGUGGUGCAGUUGCUGUGCACGUGUCACUAGCCUCAGGUGAACUUAUUGGCGAUGUUUGGUUAAGAUUGAACUCGGACUGUCCCUUUGAGUCUGUGCCCUCCGUAUUGAUACAAACAACAUCAGGACGGGAAUUUACUUUUGGUCCAUAUGUAGGCCCAGUCCAGUAUAAAAAUUACAGUUGGGUUCUCUUAACACAUACCGGCUGCGUAAGUGGGUUCUAUUUCGAGAAUGCGCCCCAGAUCAGGAGGAUAGGUAUUGUCAGUGACGGCAAGGACGCGCCAAAUGCCGAAACUCGACUUCCUCGAUAUGAAACCUGCAAGCCAAUGCCGCCUUAUCUAGGAAACCCCCAAUUCGUGAAUGAUGCAAUAAUACACGAUUUGGAAGCAGUAACUAUGUGUCGGGUUGGAACGCGUUGCGUAGGUAUUCUUAUAAGAUAUCUGGAUGCAGAUUUACCUCCAGCAAUCUUAGGACAGUGGUAUGGCCCAGAAUAUUCAGAACACACGUGCAUAUAUAACUGCACGAAAAUGUCAUCAUCCGUCAUUGCUUUCAAAACAUCGAAAUUCAGCUUGGUUGUACGAGAUAUUUUUUUCUCUAACCAUGAUACUACGGAGCUCGAAGCAGAUUCAAGUGUGGAUAUCGAACUUCAAGUAUAUGACAUGGGAACUCGUAUUGCGUGGUGGUUCACAGGGAGACAUGACUCAAUCAACACAUGGGAGGACAGGUUGGAUCCGCCGUCGUCCGGUAUUCCGUCAUGGCGCACGUUGGUGCAGGACCUCUAUUAA